GAAGCAAUCUGCGCCGGUGGCACACUAUUGGAUUGCAAUGUACCUGAUGGUCAGUGGUCUUGUGCUCACGUGAAGAAAACCAACGUAGGCACUGGAGAUUUGUACUACGCAACCAACAAAGAUUCGUGUUUUGCAUUCAAAGGUUAUAAAAAUGGUGCUUGGGAAUUUAAUCAA